UUGGUCAUUUUGUAAACUUUUUUAAACGUAAUUUUCUGUACAUGGAGGUUCUCAAAAUUCUAUAAUAGAGACGAACUUCUGAGCUUAAAUAUUGAUGUACCAAUCACCGUAAGAUAUCUGGGAAGGCAUAAUUUUAAUACGAUUACCUUAACUUUAUGUGGCCAAGAAGAAUUAAAGAAAUCAUUGCUGAACCUAGCAGCAUUUGACUUAGACAUCGCUUUGAAUUUUAAGUUCGUCACUGGGAAAAAUUUUAUAUUUUAGUAGUCUAACACUUGGUUAAGGAAAUCACCGUUUCCCAAGACCACUAAGGUCUAAAAGGAUUCGCGGACAGUGACGAGUAAGAAACAUGUCCCGAUUUUUAAUAACGGCCAAAGAGCGCCUUCAAAGAGGAUUGCGCUUUGGCCAGAUGUUGAUCCACAACACUGGACCACAGCAAAUGGCGGCCAAGAAGCCAACUCCACCGCCUCCCAAGGUCGCGAAGGCCACUGAACCACCGCCCAAGUCCUCCAAACCGCCGAAGUGUCCUGGGGGCGAGAAGGCUAAUAAGCGGAAGCCGGGCUUCUUUGCCAGCGGAGGACAACACGCCGUGCUCAGCGAUUGCCCAAAGCCAGAGGGCGACUUCAUGAGGGCCUGGUCGGCCAAGAACAGUCGCUAUAAUCUCAUCCUCAUCUCUGGCGUCCUGGCGGCAGGAGGAUCUCUGGGUUUUGCCUUGUCUUCAGGUAUCCUGGGUCUGAAUUGGACCAUACCCGAGUAUCCCUACACCGAGGACGAAAUGGAAGACUUCGAGAUCGAGGAGGAGCGCCGGCGGGAGGAGAAGGAGGCGCGUGAGGAGCGCCACCAGGACGCAGUGGAGGCCAGGGAGCUGGGCAUUCGGCGUCGGCGGGCCAAGGAGGCCAUGGAACGGGAGGUGGACCUGAUGCAGCGGGACAUGGAGGGCGGCAUCAGCGAUGCCGAGCUGGAUGAGCUGCAGCGACUGGCCGCCGAUCGCGAGGCCUUCGAGCUGUGGGAGAAGGACGAACUGAAGCGGCUCGAGGAGCAGGAGAAGGAGCGCGAGAAGAUCCGCAAGGAGAAGGCCAAGGUCAGGGCCGAAAGGCAAAAGGAGCGCGACCGCAAGCAGAAGGAGAAGGAGGCGCAGGAGGAGAAGGAGGAGGCCGAGCGCCAGAAAGCCCGCGAUAAGGCGCGCAAGGAACGCGAAAAGACCGAGAAGGAGAAGCAAAAAGAGAAGGAGAAGGCCGAGAAGGAGGCCGAAAAGGCCAGAAAGGCAGCCGGGUACUAAGUCAUCCCAACCAAGUUCAACUUUCUUUGCCGGCAAUUACAACACAACAGCUAUGAAAAUGUGCUAGGUCUACAAAACAUCGGGCAAAUACAUUGGACACCUAAAGAAUAUAGCCCCAAAACACUGGAAA